AUGGCCCCAAACAAGCCUUUCUUCGGCCUUGAAGGGGUUGCACUUUCAUGGGCAAUCAGUUUGACGUCCGCAAGUGCUUUCCUGUUGUUUGGAUAUGACCAAGGCAUCAUGGGGUCCAUCAUUGCAACACCCUACUUUUUGGAAGCUGUAAAUAUUGAAAUCAGCGAUGCUGAAACAAUCUCCACGGUCGUGUCCAUAUAUGACAUCGGGUGCAUGGUUGGAUGUCUUGUUGCUGCAAUAUGGGGCGGUAGACUUGGUCGCAAGCGAACAAUCUUUUAUGGAAUGGGAAUCAUGGUCGUCGGCGCCGUUAUUCAAUCCGCCUCGUACAGUGUGGCGCAGCUGAUCGCUGGGCGAAUCGUAUCUGGCAUAGGAAACGGCAUGAAUACCGGCACCGUACCAACAUGGGUCUCCGAAACGUCGAAGGCACAAAAUCGAGGAAAGCUGGUAGCAACCCAGCUAUCCAUAGCAGCAUUUGGCAUCGUCAUUGCCUACUGGAUGAAUUAUGGCUUCUUCCACCUCACCGGUCAGAUUGUUUGGCGAUUCCCCAUCGCGUUUCAGAUUGUUUUCGCUCUCAUUACCAUGUGCAUCAUCCCUUGGUUGCCCGAGAGUCCGCGCUUCCUAUACGCAAAGGGACGCAAUGAAGAGGCUGACAGCGUCAUGAGUGCAUUGAAAGCACUUCCAAUCGAGCAUGAAAUCGUUCAAGCCGAGCGUGCUGAAAUCCUAGCAGCCAUUGCAUUGGAGGACCAUUUCGGGGAGUACAACUUCAAAACAAUCUUUUAUGAUAAGUCGGGCCAGAAAAUCCCUCUUCGCAUAGGUCUUGUCUGCCUGAUCCAGGCAAUUCAGCAGCUUCCAGGUGUCAAUAUGGUCAUUUACUAUAGCUCGAGCAUUUUCUUGAAUCUGGGCAUCGCUGCAAAUAUCAGCUUGAUCCUUGGGGGAGUCGCUUCAUUGUGUUUCUGGCUAGGCUCUUUGGUGGGCAUCGCAGCCGUUGAGAAAUUUGGGAGGAAAAAGCUCCUCCUGUCCGGAUCCCUGCCUAUGUUGAUCGCGACCUGUAUUUAUUGUGCUAUGGUCAAAGACGGAAGAGAUACUCAUCUUUGGGUGGCAUUUGCUUGCACAUGCGUGAUCUGCCUCUCAUUCGGAUGGUCAUGGCUUCCUGUGUAG